AUGCCCUCUGCAGCUGCUUCUGGUUUUACUCGUACAAUUUACAAUACCUUCUUCAAAAGGAACUCCAUGUUCAUUACCACCAUCUUUGUUGGUGCCAUCGCCUUUGAAGUUGGCUUUGACUCAAUUACAAGUAAAGUCUGGGAUAAUGUCAACAAAGGAAAACAAUGGAAGGAUAUUAAAGACAACUAUACUUCUUAA